CCUUUUAGGACCACCCACUGAAGGGCAACAACCCUUUGUUUCGCUGCCCGCCAGUUAUUUUAGAAACGUUUUUUCUUUUAACCAAAAUGCCGGACAGCUGUUGUUCGGUCGGAUGCACGAACAGGCGAGGAGACAAACCCGGGUUGUGCUUCUACAGAAUUCCGUCGGAGAGAGAAAAUCCGGAGAGGAGGAGAUUGUGGAUUUGUGCUAUCAGACGCGCCUUCGUCCCGGAAGAGGGCAAAGAAUGGCAACCGUCAAAGUACACAAGACUUUGCAGCGAACAUUUCAUCAAAGGUGCCAAAUCUGAUGACCCGUCGUCCCCUGACUGGGUACCAUCUGUCUUCUCGCAGUCACCAGUCACCAAGAAGAGGAAGAGGAAUAAAGAUGUGGAUAGGUCUGAACAAAGCAAGAGUGAAGAGGAGAUAAAGGAGCAGGCUGCAGUGGAUGUCCUUCUAAAACUGUCAUCAGCGUCACAUACUACGAAGUGUAAUAACAAAAUGUGCAAGGAAAAGAUCGCAAGAUUACAGAAGGAGUGCAUUGACCUCAGGAAGGAAAAUCGAAGGCUGAAGGACAUUAUAAAAACAGGAACAUUUAAUGAACUGGCUUUAAGAUGAUGAUGAGGUCAAAGCAAUGACUUGAAUGGCCACAUAUCAUUUUUGAGGCUGCAAAUUAAUUUCCCACUUUCACUGCUUAGUUGUAUCAAUCUUCAAGGUCUAGAUUACAACUGCUAGUGGAGCGUUAAGAAGCUCCAUUGAAGUGUUGACACAAGACUGGUGUCUGACCAAACCGAGCGCUUUAGCCGUUAACACCUAUUAUAUUUAAAUAGGUCCUCAUAAAAACGUCUCAUAAAGAGGUUUUUGGCAACAAUUGAGAACAAUUUUAUCUGUUAUUAAUAUUUUUUGAUCCUCUUGUAUAGUAAUAUCUGGAGUCAUUAUCUUGGGCUUUGUCUUUAUAAACCUUGCACAAGUGUUAAAUUCUCAAAGUUGAGUUUCAGUUUAUACCCCAAGUACAACUAUGCAACCUGAAUACAAACUGUUUAAUACGUCUUUAAUAAUAUAUUUCAGUUAAAAGCAAAGAUAUCAAUUGUCCAAAGUUGUGCAUCACUUUUGGUUGGGACUGUGCUGCUUCUACCAAUUGUGCUACAGGAACAAGGGGUUAUUUGAUCUAAAUUGAUUUGGUUAUGAUAUCAUAAAUACUUAAUAUCAAAAGGCCACUAUUUAAUAAAACCAUUCAUAUAAGUUAUAACGGUCUCACAAAUGCACACAAAACCCAGUCACCAAACAAACAUUUAUCCAGUAGAAUUUUUUUAUUGUUCAGUAGAGUCAAAAAACAAUGGACACACUGAGUGAUAUAAGCAAUAUACUGAUCACCCUACUGCUAAAAUACCCCCAAGUUAACAUGCAUGUACUGUCCAUCAUGUGGAUUGCUCUUCUGUAAAG